UCUUGUCUCAAGGUUGCCCUUCUCUAAGCUACCAAUUGACCCCUCCAGCAGAGCAUCCAACGUCACGCCCAACAUGUCUCUCUCCAACAAGCUCUCGAUCACCGAUGUCGAUGUCAAGGGCAAGCGCGUGCUGGUCCGAGUCGACUUCAACGUGCCCCUCGACGCCGACAAGAAAAUAACCAACAACCAGCGCAUCGUCGGCGCGCUCCCCACGAUCAAGUACGCCAUCGAGCAUGGCGCCAAAGCGGUGAUCCUCAUGUCGCACCUCGGCCGCCCGGACGGAAAGGCAAACCCGAAGUACAGUCUCAAGCCGGUAGUUCCCGAGCUCGAGAAGCUAUUGGGCAGGAGCGUCGUCUUCACCGAGGACUGCGUGGGCAAGCAGGUCGAGGACACUGUGAAUAAUGCGAGCGAUGGACAGGUUAUCCUGCUGGAGAAUUUGCGGUUCCAUGCUGAAGAAGAAGGGAGCAGCAAGGAUGCGGAGGGCAAGAAGGUCAAGGCGGAUAAGGCGAAGGUGGAGGAGUUCAGGAAGGGGCUGACUGCGCUGGGCGAUAUUUACAUCAACGAUGCCUUCGGGACUGCCCAUCGCGCCCACAGCUCCAUGGUCGGCGUCGAGCUCCCACAGAAAGCCUCAGGCUUCCUCGUCAAGAAGGAGCUCGAAUACUUCGCCAAAGCGCUCGAGAACCCUAAGCGCCCCUUCCUCGCCAUCCUCGGCGGUGCUAAGAUCUCUGACAAGAUCCAGCUCAUCGAUAACCUGCUCGACAAGGUCAACACCUUGAUCAUCUGCGGUGGCAUGUCCUUCACGUUCAAGAAGACUCUCGAGGGUGUCAAAAUCGGAAACAGCUUGUUCGACGAGGCUGGCAGCAAGACCGUGGGCGACCUGGUCGAGAAGGCGAAGAAGAACAAUGUCAAGAUGGUGCUGCCGUGCGACUAUAUCACUGCGGAUAAGUUCGACAAGGAUGCACAGACGGGAUAUGCGGAGGACAAGGACGGCAUUCCAGAUGGCUGGAUGGGUCUCGACUGCGGGGAGAAGUCGAUCAAGCUGUACAAGGACGCCAUCGACGAGGCGCAGACCAUCCUCUGGAACGGCCCGCCAGGCGUCUUCGAGUUCGAGAAGUUCGCCAACGGCACGAAGGCGACGAUGGACGCUGUUGUGGCUGCCGCGCAGAACGGCAAGAUCGUCAUCAUCGGCGGUGGUGACACUGCGACUGUUGCCGCGAAAUAUGGUGUUGAGGACAAGCUGUCCCAUGUCUCGACCGGUGGGGGUGCGUCGCUCGAGCUGCUGGAGGGCAAGGACCUGCCCGGUGUGUCUGCUCUGUCAAGUAAGUAGAUCACGCUGCCACGACUAAGGAAUGGCUCAAAAUAGAUUGGAAGGGGUUUCUUCGAGGUUAUGAUGUAUGUUAUUAGCUUUCUUCAAGCCAAAUACAAUCGAUAGGUAUUGCACCCGGACCGUCUGCUAGUAAUGGCCGCGUUGCCCAACAUGAUUCUCUUAUCCUGGGCUCGACCUGCCCUCUGCGUGCAAUGCUGUACAUCGGAGCGCCGUGCU